AGCCACAUUCAGCUUACAGUAUUCCUACUUGGACUGCUGCAUGUAAUGUUAAAUAUCUAGUUCAUAAUUAUGUAGUUACGGUUUUAAAGUUUUAAAAAUGUCGUUUUAGAGUGUUCAAUAACUGUACAUUGUAUUUGGCCCGCGACCUGAGGUGUGUUUUGGAUUUUGGCCCCCUAUGCGAUUGAGUUUGACACCCCUUUUAGGGUUUUCGGGGAGAGGCUGGACCUCAAGGGAGCAGAGGACAAAAAGGAUUCAAGGUCAGAUUAAGAAGGAUCCUGGAGGGUUUUCCCAAAAAGGACAGCUUUCUAUUAACCUCAUUCAUUUGCGUUUCUGCCUGAAGGGGAAUAAAGGAGCUCGGGGAUUUGCAGGGAUUCCUGGAUACUCAGGGAUGCAUGGACCCAGAGGUCCUCGUGGUUUUCCAGGACCAUCAGGACCAACGGGCGAGAUCGGGGGUCCUGGUUUUACUGGUCCACCGGGACCUCCUGGCGAACUGGGCCCCAUGGGGAUGAAAGGGUUUUUGGGAGUUAAAGGACCUCCAGGUCACCAGGGGGCGUUGGGUGCCAGAGGAGCAGCUGGACCACAGGGAGAGCCUGGUCCCCGUGGAGGGCUGGGGUUUCCUGGUGUCCUUGGCCCUCAGGGAAAUCCUGGACAACAGGGACCUAAAGGUCCCAAAGGAGACCCUGGAGAAUUGGGCGAUGAAGGUAAUAUCGGAGAGCCUGGUCCUCCAGGUCUAAACGGGGUCAAUGGAAAUCCUGGCAAGCCUGGACCUUCAGGUGAUCCCGGGGCGAAAUCCAGACGGGGGGUCAACGGUGACCCAGGGGUUAAAGGAGACCAGGGACCUCCAGGUCCUCCAGGGAAGCAGGGAUCUAAGGGGCGCCAAGGUGCAAUGGGGUUAGAGGGACUGGUAGCACCAAUGGGGCCACCGGGAUUUCCAGGACCCACUGGGUUUGACGGCACCAUGGGGGAGCAGGGGAAGCAGGGGAACGAAGGGCCGAAGGGAGAUCAAGGACCAACUGGUGUCCAAGGAAAUCAUGGCCCUCGAGGUGACAAGGGUCGAGAAGGUAGAGAAGGAUUUUCUGGACUGCCUGGUCCCAUUGGAGAGAGCGGGAAAUCAGGAGAGGCGGGGCUUGAAGGAGAAUGUGGUACUAAGGGUUUGGCUGGACACUCAGGAGUAAUAGGGCCCAAAGGCUUUAAGGGACUUCAAGGCAAUGCAGGCAGUAGGGGGCAGGAUGGCGCUCUGGGCGACCAGGGAUCUAUCGGUAAAAAUGGACUGAAAGGAGAGUCCGGAUUACCAGGAUCAAAAGGAAAUCCCGGAAAACCAGGAUCUCCAGGAAUCCAAGGACCUGUAGGAAGGAGUGGAGCGUCUGGUGAUAGAGGAAUGAAGGGUAAACAAGGAGAGCCAGGAGACAAAGGGGCUGAAGGUAAACAAGGAAUAAACGGACACAUAGGAAAUAAAGGGCCGAAGGGUAAAAGGGGCCAAAGAGGAUCAAAAGGAAAACAGGGUUCCCUAGGUGAGAUGGGCUCACCUGGACAGAAAGGAUACAGAGGACCUCCUGGCAUCCAGGGUGGCAUUGGACCCUGGGGUGAGACUGGACCAAUCGGACCUUCAGGAGACAGAGGGUCAAAAGGUCCAGCCGGUCCUCCUGGAGUUCCAGGUUAUCUCGGUGAAGAUGGAAUUCAAGGACUGACUGGAACAGCUGGUAUUAAAGGGGAUAAAGGAACCAGAGGAGCUCCGGGGCUGGAGGGAGUUCCAGGCCUCAGUGGAGGACAGGGUCCAACUGGACUGACAGGACUUGAGGGACCUUUUGGCCAAAAAGGAACAUCUGGUGAUAAAGGUAAUCAAGGACUUCCUGGGAGAAAAGGACCAAAUGGAGAGAUGGGCAGAAGAAGUAACCCUGGACCACAAGGACCUAAAGGACCACCAGGGAAACAGGGAUACAGGGGGGCACCAGGAGACAGAGGACAGCAAGGACGUCCAGGGUUAAAGGGGGACCCAGGACCCAGGGGGUUAUUGGGUAAACUUGGACCAUUUGGACCUGGAGGAAACACUGGAUCUUCAGGCGCCAAAGGCCAGAAGGGCAUGCAGGGGCACAUGGGUCCUCCUGGUAGUUUAGGCCCCCAGGGAGAAGCUGGACCAUCAUUAUCUGGUUUGCCAGGCAAAAAAGGGGAUGAAGGCAAAGCAGGAAAGCCUGGAUUAAAGGGCAUUCAUGGUUUAAAAGGCACAACUGGUCCUCCAGGCCUAAAAGGAGAUAUGGGCAUAAGAGGUCCAAAAGGUGCAAAGGGGGAACCUGGUGCUCAAAGCUCUGCGGGUUUAUUGGGGAAAACUGGGCCCAGCGGGCCUUCUGGUGUCAAAGGUCAACCUGGACCCUCAGGAUCUCCUGGUUUUCCUGGAACAAAAGGAAGUCAGGGUCAGAAAGGCAAAAGAGGCCAACCAGGAAGAAAAGGAACCAAAGGAACUGCAGGGAAAGAUGGAGCUGAAGGUCGACCUGGAAGACCAGGACCUCCUGGACUACCUGGAAAACCUGGCCUGAACGGUCUUGAUGGUUUGCUGGGGGUAGAAGGCAAUGAAGGCGAUCCUGGUGACAUCGGACGCAGGGGAGCUCCUGGAAUUCCAGGCAGGCCUGGGAAGAUGGGAAAGCCUGGGCCUCCUGGGAUCAGAGGAAACACGGGAGUCACAGGGUUGAAGGGUCUCAUGGGUCCAAAAGGAACACAGGGGCUUCAAGGGCCAAUGGGGCCAAAGGGUAUUCCUGGACUGAGAGGAUCAAAGGGAGAACAUGGAGGCGUUGGAGCAAAGGGUUUUCCAGGGGACGGCGGGAUUCCAGGCCCCACAGGUCCACCAGGGAUAAAAGGAAAUCCCGGUUUGCAGGGGCUAAAAGGGGAAACAGGUCAAAAAGGGAAGCAGGGGAACGAGGGCGCUCUCGGUCCACAGGGAGCUCCAGGAACCAAUGGAAACCCCGGCCGUCUUGGAAUAAAGGGAAUGAAAGGGUAUCAAGGGAGUAGAGGUUCAAAAGGAAUUAAGGGCAAACGUGGACCUCCGGGACUUCCAGGGGCUCCUGGCAAACCGAGGCUAACCCGGAGCCAAGGGGCGGGGCCCUUUCCAGGUUUUGUGCUGAAUGCAGUUGUGAAUUCAACAAGAACUUUGAGCAUCCAGAAGCAAAAUAAAAGACAACAUCUGCACAGGCAGAUGUCCAAGAGAUGGUCUCCAAGUAACCAAACUGAAGAUUCCCUCAGCUGGAAGCUGGGAACGAAAGACAAUCCCGGAACGACCUGUUACCAUGUGAAACUAGAACGCCCACGUCUCAGUGAUGGCUAUUUUUACGUGGAUCCCAACCAAGGCUGCCCGUGCGACGCUGUGAGGGUGUUCUGUAAUUUCACAGCAGGAGGAUCGACAUGCAUAGAGCCGCAGCCUACGCAGGUUUUGUUAAAGUGGAAAGAUAAAAGUAUGAAAUCCAGAAAUUCCUUCCAGUGGUUUUCUCAGCAACAGAUUGAGUACACCGGUGUGGACGUUGUCCAGCUGAGGUUUCUGCGGUUCCACAGCCACGCAUCUUUUCAAUCUGCUGUUCUCCGCUGUGCAGCCAACAAGUCCAACAGCGCCGCAGCAGAAAACUGGAAUGUCCACCUACUGGGAGACUCUGGCAAAGAGUUUGAUUCCCAUUUCAUUACAGUGACUAGAAAAGUCUGUGAGGUACAUGUGGGCUUAAAAGUUCAGGCCAGCCCAGCGCUGGAUGGAGGUGAUGUGGAAUUACUUCCAAUCAGAGAUGUGGGAGUCGAGACGAUGAGUGAAGCCACACCCGCCUCUGAAAUUGAAGUCAUUCUUGGACCGUUGUGCUUCUUGUGAACAAUAAAGUUUGUUUUUUUUUUUUUUUAAGGGUGGAAGUGCUUCUAUAUUGUGAGAUGAACAUUUAUUUUCACUGCAUGCUGUCUUGUUAUUUUCCUAGAGAGAAUGAACAUUUACUUUUUUUUUGUUCUUGUGUAUUUAUAAAAUAUGUGAAAUAGUUGGAUUUGUUCAUGUCAACUUUUAUAAACAUAUAAAUCUAGAGAAUGAAUAAUUGAAUUAAAAAAUGAUUUCAUCCCAUCUAGGGAUCACUAUGACCAUAAAAUGAUUGUUACAUUUAUUUAUUAGGGGUGGGAGCCAACAAAUUUUAAUUUUGAAGAAAAAAUCAAAGCUUAAAUAAUGUAUGAAGAACUGUGAAUAAAAUUUGAGUGGAGAUUUCUUCUGUCUUUUUAUUUAUAUACUUGUCUUUUCUUUUGGUUCUCAUUAAAAAAUGUAUAUAUUACUUAGUGUAUCUUCUCUACAGAAGUCUUUGU